CCCCUCCCUUCGCAACCAUCUUGCCUAAUAGCAACCCCUCAAGAUAUGGCCUCGAAAAGAGCAUUGGUGAUUCUAGCAAAAGGGGCAGAGGAAAUGGAAACUGUAAUCCCCACUGAUGUUAUGAGAAGAGCUGGGAUCAAGGUGACUGUUGCAGGCCUAACAGGAAAAGAACCAGUGCAGUGCAGUCGAGAUGUCUUCAUUUGUCCUGAUGCCAGUCUUGAAGAUGCCAGAAAAGAGGGGCCUUACGAUGUCGUGGUCCUGCCUGGGGGUAACCUUGGAGCUCAAAACUUGUCAGAGUCUCCUGCUGUGAAGGACAUUUUGAAGGACCAGGAAAGCAGACAAGGCCUGAUUGCUGCUAUAUGUGCAGGUCCCACUGCCCUUCUGGCACAUGGGAUAGGGUUUGGAAGCAAAGUCACAACACAUCCUUUGGCCAAAGAGAAAAUGAUGAAUGGAGCACACUACUGCUACUCCGAGAACCGCGUGGAGAAAGAUGGGAACAUCCUCACCAGCCGAGGCCCUGGUACCAGCUUUGAAUUUGGGUUGGCCAUUGUUGAAACGCUGAUGGGGAAGGAAGCGGCCGAACAGGUGAAGGCACCCCUAAUACUGAAAGAGUGAAAUCCUGGUUGUGGGACAGGGAGUAGGACAAUUUCAGAUGGAGAGUCAUGUCCUUCGUAGGGUGACUAAGAUGCACUGUUGUAAAUACAAUUUAAUUGUGGGUGAAAUUAGCAGCUGUACUUACCCAAACUGGGAUACCCUAACAAACCAAUGGUCUUUAUUUCUGGAAAAAAGAUCCUGUUAGCAAAAAGCUUCAUCAUGAAAAAGCAACCAGUAUCUAAUAAUCUUAGUUAGCUCUUGGAUGGCAUUUAAAAAUCACAUGGGAAAAUGCUGAGUAAAUAAAAAUGAAGCAACUCUG